UUUCUGAAGUCCCCGUCACUGCACUCCCCGACUCAAACCCCAGAGCCGAGAGAGAGAGAAGAGAUGGGGAUUCGUUUCGAUCUGUUCAUCUUAUCAAUAGCUCUACUGUCUGCACCUUGUCUAUCCGAUCUAGUCCUAUCCAAGGUUGAUCGACGGGUUGAUUUGACAUCGCAAAUUGUACGUAUCACGUCCACAUUAAAGGUUGAAAAUUUGGGAACCGAUCCAGUGUCAGAAGUUUUGUUGCCCUUCCCUGAACACCAGGCAAAGAACUUGGCAUAUUUGGCAGCAACAAUUAAUGAAGGAAAAGGAAAAGCAAAAAGUUCUGCUGCCAGUCUCCCUAUUGAAGUUGCCCAUCCUAAGGAGAUGCCCCCAGGCCUGAUAUGGUAUUCUGUAUCUCUACCCAAGGGGCUGGGUAAAGGGGAGAGAUUGACUUUAGAUGUUCUGGCUGUUUUCACCCAUGCACUGAGACCAUUUCCUGAGAAAAUUUCUCAAGCUGAAAAUCAGUUUGUUGUGUUCCAGGAUAGUGCAUACUAUCUUUCUCCUUAUGCGGUCAAGGUCCAAUCACUUAGUGUAAAAUUGCCCUCUGAUCCAAAACUCGAAUCCUAUACAAAAAUAGAGAACACUGUGGUUUCUGGUUCGGAGAUUAAAUAUGGCCCAUAUGAGAACCGACCACCUUUCUCAUACUCAUCUAUAAUAGUUCACUUUGAAAACAAUCAGCCCUUUGCUGUUGCUCAAGAGUUGGUGCGAGAGAUAGAGAUUUCGCACUGGGGUAAUGUACAGGUGACUGAACAUUACAACCUUAUCCAUGGAGGUGCCCAAAGCAUGGGGGAAUUUUCCAGGCUGGACUAUCAGGCCAGGCCUCAUGUAAGAGGUGCGUCAGCAUUUAGGCAUCUUGUUGCCAAAUUGCCACCAAGAGCUCACUCCGUUUACUACAGGGAUGAAAUUGGAAAUAUUUCAACAUCUCAUUUAUGGGUUGAUUCAAAAAAGACACAACUAGAAAUUGAACCCAGAUAUCCAAUUUUUGGUGGUUGGAAAACUUCUUUUACCAUUGGGUAUGGCCUGCCACUUAAAGACUUUUUGUUUCAGACAGAAGGGAAACGUUUUCUGAAUUUCUCUUUUGGUUGUCCAAUUAAUGAUUUGGUCAUUGACAAUCUCAUUCUGAAGGUUGUUUUGCCCGAGGGAUCAAGGGAUAUUUUAGUUUCUGUCCCAUUUCCUGUGAAACAGUGGCACGAGACAAAAUUUUCCCACUUGGAUAUGGUUGGUAGACCAGUGGUUGUGCUAGAGAAGAUGAAUGUUGUGCAGGAGCAUAAUCAGCAUUUUCAGGUCUAUUACAAGUUCAACAACCUUUCAUUGCUGAGGGAGCCAUUGAUGUUGAUUUCUGGAUUUUUCUUCCUGUUUGUUGCCUGCAUUGUAUAUAUGCAUGCGGACUUAACAAUCUCGAAGUCUUCUGCUUCUUACGUGGCAAAACUGCAGUGGGAUGAGGUUCAAACAGCUAUUCAGCAGGUUCAAAACAUCAUCAAUCGGUGUUUGACAAUCCAUGAUAGGCUAGAAGCAUCGUUACGUGAUCUCUCCAGAACAGGGGAUGUGCAAGCUUGUAAAGCAACUCGGAAAGCAGCUGACAGUUCAUUGAAAGAGCUUUCCAAAGAAUUGAAGCCCUUGGUUGCUUUCUUGCAUUCCUCUCCGCAGGCUGCUCAGAUAUUGCCGAAGGUGGAGGAGCUGGUUGUCAAGGAGAGAGAACUGCAGGAGAAGCUAAUGUCAAAACACUCGACAGUGGUAGACAUUUAUGAAAAGAAAACUGGGGGACGGGAAAUUGAGAACCGGGUUGCUUUGAUCCAGCAGAAACUCACAGCUUUGAGGCAGGAGGUUGAAGACCAGCUGGAAGCCAUUGAUUAGAUCUAAUAUAUGAAUAAAAUUAGUCUGCACUUUGUGUUUUGUUGGGCGAUUUGUGAAAUCAGAAUUUUGUUGUGGUCUCAAGGAUAGCUUGAUGUGUUAGCCCCAACAUCUAUGGUUUUUGUUUUUGUUUCAAUAGAUUUAACUAUAAAAUAUAUAUAUAUAUAUAGAACUGAUUACUUAUC